UAUUCAACGCGCUCCUGAACGCAACACAGCUUGUCAACAUGGCGGCUCCUUGCGCAGGAAGAUGUGCUUUCUUCGUGGAGAAAAAGAAGCGUUUUUGUAAAAUGAUCGUGGGCAAAGGAAAAAAGUUCUGUGGCGAACACGCGAACAUGGGGGAGGACAACGGCAGGAGGAUCAUCUGUCCACUCGACCCUAAACACACAGUGAGUGAAGACAAACUGGACAAACACCUGAAGAAGUGUAACUCCAGAGACAAAGACAAACCUGUUUACUAUGUUAAGGACAUCAAUGCUGGAUCAGCUGAUGGAGACCAACCUCAGGAGCAGGUGAGCCUGUGUGAACGCAGCAGGACAGAACUCCAGUCUCUGUUGGAUAAACUGAAGAAAGCCAUCGCAGGUUUGCAGUGUGACGUGGAGGAAAGCGUUCUGUUUCACUCUGUUCUCCAGGAAGAACUCAGGAACCCAAAGAAUGGAGACUCCGCCCACAAACACCUGAUGCAGCAGUCCUCCAUCUUAGGUCACCUGGAGGAACUGGGUCUGCUGGGAGGAGGACGCUGCUUUGUGGAAUUUGGGGCAGGUCGAGGGAAAAUGUCUCACUGGAUCCAUGAAGCCCUGAAGACUUGUGAAGACCUGCAGCUGCUGCUGGUGGAGCGUUGCAGCACCCGCUUCAAGGUGGACGGGAAACAUCAGGAUGCUGGAGUUCAGUUUGAGAGGCUGCAGGUGGACAUUCAACAUCUGGAUCUAAGUAAAGUUCCUCUGCUCACAAACAAGAAACUUCCAUUGGUCGGAGUUGGGAAACACCUGUGUGGAGCAGCAACAGAUCUGGCUCUGAGAUGUUUGUUGGAAACACCAGGACCCAGAGAAGAAACUGAACCACCACCAAAACGGAUCAAAACCUCAGAUUCGGCUGCUGCUCCUGGUCCACAUGCAGAUUCUCCUGAUCCAGGACUAGCUCCAGACCCAGGUCCUGUCUGUGGUUCUGUUCUGGGCCUGGUGGUGGCGCUGUGCUGUCAUCAUCGCUGUGAGUGGCGUCACUAUGUGGGUCAGAGGUUCUUCCAGGAGCGAGGACUUGGAGCAGAAGAGUUCUCAGCCUUCUGUCGGAUGUCCAGCUGGGCCACAUGUGGACUCAGGUCGACCAAUCAGGAUGAGGAACACAAAGCAGCCGAGGAGAUGGACACUGUGCACGGGUUUCUGUCCACAUGUGAGCGAGAACAAGUGGGACGACAGUGUAAACGUCUCAUCGACAGUGGGAGACUUCACUACCUGCGGGACAAAGGAUUCAACGGCAAUCUGAGGCGAUACGUCGACGCCCACAUCACGCUGGAGAACGUGUUACUGACAGCAACGCCCCGCCCCCAUCACUCAAACCCUGCCCCAAUCAUGUAACUCCUCCCUAUAUCAUCAUACAUCCCCCCCCUAUCACUCUUUCUCUGGUCAAAUAUUUUUCACAUUCUGAAUUUUAUUUUGUCAGUUUCACGUGGAAUGAAAACAAUGUUUUAAAUAAUCAAGUUAAAUGUGAAAUUUUUCUAUUAAAACAUUUUCAGUU